CUCCACUGUCUUCCUUCUCUAACAAGCUAACUACUUUCCUGUCGCUUUCAGUGUCAGAGACCACCCUCCAUCAUGGAAGACCGUACGGACGAAGACAGCCUCCGCUCCAUUCUCUCCGACCACCUCAGACACCUCAGGGCGGCCAAAACCCUUGAGUCCGACCACGACAUGGCCUUCAAUCUCCAACUGCAGGAAGCCAUGGCCGACUCUCUCGCUCUCCAACCACCAUCCACUUCUCAACCCAAUCUCCACCCUCGGAUUCACGGCCACAAUUUCGUAAUCGACCUCACCGACCCGGCGGAGGCCUACUGCACGAACGACGCGUCGUCUUCGUCGAAGGCGGCGGAGGAGGAGAGCGAGUGUUUUAGACUGUAUUUCAAGGGGCUUGUGAGCGAGGAGAGGGUCAAGGACAUGGAUGUCAUUGUGGCUGGGAUUGGGGUGGCCGUUUGUGACGCUAGAGAUAAUCUGAUUUUGGAGGCCAAGAAGAAUCUGGAGGCGUUUGGUGGUGGUGAGGUUCUGAGCAAUGAGGCUGCUGAGCUUGAGGCUCUUAUUGAAGGGCUCAGUACAGCUCUCACUCUGGACUUGAGGAAUGUCACAUUUUACUGUGAUCACAACAAGCUUUACCAAUAUGUCACAUACACAGUGCGUCCUGAAAACUUCAAGAUUGCGACAUUAGUCACUCAAGUUGCUCUUCUACAAAGAAAAUUUGAGCAUUGCACUCCUUCUCUUGUGGAACCUAGGGACAUUAAGUUUGCAUUUCAAUUUGCAAAAGAGGCUAUAGUUUCUCAGAUCAACUGGCCAGCUAGCAAUGGCAAGAGAUUGGAUGAGACUUGUGUAAUUUGUUUUGAAGAAACAGAUGUUGCUAGAAUGUUUUCAAUUGACGGCUGUCUGCACAGGUAUUGCAAUUCUUGUAUGAAACAGCAUGUUGAAGCAAAGUUGGUUAAUGGGAGCGUGGUGCAGUGUCCUCAUGAAGGCUGUGAGUCUGAAGUGAGUAUUGAUAGCUGUGAAACAUUCUUGGAGCCUAAACUUGUUCAAGUUAUGCGCCAACGAAUCAAGGAAUCUUCUAUUCCUGUUACAGAGAAGGUUAUGCAUGGAAUGUCAUCGCUGUUUUUGUAUCAAUUGCAAAGUUCCAUUCGACAAUCACACCUGCUAUGACUACAAGAAAUCAAAUCCUUGUGCAGAAGAGCAAUUGGUGAAGUCACUGGCUAAAAAGAAACACUGGCGCCAGUGUGUGAACUGCAGCCAUAUGGUUGAACUUGCAGAAGGUUGUUACCACAUAACUUGCAGAUGUGGAUAUGAGUUUUGCUAUACUUGUGGAGCUGAAUGGAAGGACAAGACACCAACAUGUUCCUGCCCAAUCUGGGAUGAGCGCAACAUUAUACGAGAAUGAUCAGGACUCAAGAGGAUUACCAUUACUGCUGUUAGAUUAAAUUGAUCAAUAGUACAAUUACCACUACGGCAAUGAAAUUCCUUUGUUAGCGAAACUGUAGGUGCAA